CCUACAUAAACUCCAGCACUUAGCAAUCCUGCAGCUGAAAGCUCAGUCACAGCUCCUCACUCCUCACUGAACUCAAGCCAUGGAGCACUCAAAACCAGUAGCUUUCGUCCUCCUCCUCCUCUUAGCCUGCCUGCAUUACGCUCAGGCGAACCCCAGCCGCCGUCCCUUGGUCCAGUCCAUCUUCAGCUUCGGCAACUCGUACGCCGACACCGGCAACUUCGUCAGGCUGGCCGCGCCGCUGCUUCCGGUCAUCCCUUUCAACAACCUCCCCUACGGCGAGACCUUCUUCGGCCACCCCACCGGCCGUGCCUCCAAUGGCCGCAUCAUCAUGGAUUUCAUCGCCGAGAAGUUUCAGGUCCCAUUCGUCCCACCAUCUCUUGGCCAAGGUGAGGACUUCACCCAUGGCGCCAACUUCGCCGUCGUCGGCGCCAGCGCCCUCGAUCUAGCCUUCUUCCUCCACAACAACAUCACCAGCGUCCCACCAUUCAAAACCUCCCUCAGCGUGCAGCUGGAGUGGUUCCACAAGCUCAAACCUACACUGUGCUCAACAGCCCAAGAAUGCAGAGACUACUUCAGGAGAUCACUCUUCUUCAUGGGAGAGUUCGGCGGGAACGACUACGUCUUCCUCCAGGCCGCCGGGAAAACCGUCGAGCAGCUUAUCCCCUACGUGCCAAAGGUCGUCGGAGCCAUCUCCGCCGGCAUCGAGGCGGUGAUAAAGGAAGGGGCGGUGCAGGUGGUGGUGCCGGGGGAGCUGCCCAACGGCUGCGUGCCCAUCAUCCUGACGCUGUACGCGAGCAAGAGCAGAGGCGACUACGACGCGCGCGGCUGCCUGAAGAAGCAGAACGCGCUCGCGCGCUACCACAACUCGGCGCUGUUCGAGGCGGUGUCGCGGCUGAGGCACAGGUACCCUUGGGUGAAGAUCGUCUACGCCGACUACUACAAGCCGGUGAUCGACUUCAUCAAGAAACCGUCCAGAUUCGGGUUCAGUGCCUCGUCGAGGCUCCGGGCGUGCUGCGGCGGCGGCGGCGGCGGGCCGUACAACUACAACGCGACGGCGGCGUGCGGCUUCCCCGGCGCGAGCGCGUGCCCGGACCCCGCCGCGUCCAUCAGCUGGGACGGCAUCCACCUCACGGAGGCGGCCUACGCCCGCAUCGCCGCCGGCUGGCUGCGCGGCCCGUACGCGCAUCCGCCUAUCCUCGCGGCCGUGCGCCAGUAGGCCGUGGCGUCGUGGGCUCGAUCGUGGUCCAUGUCUGCAUUUUGGCCCGUUAAUGUGUGGGAGCCGUUUGUUCAAUGGAAAAGUGUACCGAAGGUCCCUCAA